GAAGGCGGGUUUCAACGCUCCCCUGAAACCCAUUAGUGCCUGCUGGUGGAGAGAGCUAUGAACGCAGAUGGGCGCGUUAUUAUAAUAAUACUAAAGCUUUAGGUUAGCGCUUUCAUUUGCACCUAGCUGUAACUGACAAAGCGCAAAAUAGUGACUUUGCAGCUAUCACAGGCAAGUUGGAUAAUUAAGAAGAAAUCUUUUCCGUUGCUGAACAGACCCCGACAUCAUUUAAUUAUUAAUAAUGGUCAUUCGCAUUUUUGUCGCUUCUUCAUCUGGUUCUUUAGCGAUCAAGAAAAGACAGCAAGAUGUGGUGCGAUUUCUUGAAGCAAACAAGAUUUCAUUUGAAGAAAUUGAUAUAACCAUGUUGGAGGACCAGAGAAUGUGGAUGUAUAAGCACAUUCCUAAGGAAAGUCUUCCUACACAAGGGAAUCCCCUUCCACCUCAGAUAUUUAAUGAUGAUCAGUACUGUGGGGAUUAUGAUGCUUUCUUUGAAUCUAAGGAGAAUAACACUGUCAACUCAUUUUUAAGACUGAAUGCACACUUGCCGGUCAAGGUUGCUGAAUCGUAAACAUCACUCCCAGAAUAUGACAUGUAACUGGAAAAUAAUCUUGGCAUUUUUAAAGUAGCAUUGCAGUUUAAGCCUGGUGAUCUAAGAGACAAUGCUGGUUUUCCAAAUGUCAGUGGAUUUACUCACCAAAAGCUUCAGAAAACCAGACACUGAGUCAUUCAUAAAGUGGUAGGCAUCUCAUUUGCCAAGAUUCUGGAUACUACUACGGAAGCUUGCCUUACAUAGAGAUUAAUAUAGUCACUAGUGAUUUGAAGGUGAUUUUUAAUUAUUCAUGGACAUGAGGGGUCACAGUUGGAUAUAACGGAAAUCAAUUGUGUAGCUUAAAAUAAUCCAGCUCUUUCUGAGGACAGAGUGAGGCUGUAAAGCACUGUCAAGCAGCUCUCCAUCUCUGUGUUCCAAUAUGCAAUCAAGAUGUUACUUAAUGCAGUUUAUUUUCAAAGCAUUGGUAAAGCUCAAUUUGCCUUGUGAAAUGUAUAGAGUCAGUGGGUCAGAUGAAAAGAGAAGUGUAUAUAUACUUAAGAUAUGAUUUAUGUAAUUUGAUUAACAUUUGAAGAUUGUACUAAAGGUACAUUCAGGAGGAUGAUUGAGAAAGGGUGUCUUGGAUUACCCAUGGCAGUGAAAAAUACUUUGAACACCAUCAAGGGCAUAAUAUAGCAUUAAUGUAGCCAUUUAUUUAAUGCAUUAAGAUUUUUUUACUUGGUGGUGGGGGCAGGGAACAAUAUUCUAGGCUUGAUCUGUCUGGUAAAAUAUUAAAGCUCUUUUUCUUUUCUGUCCUUUAAAAGAUGUGAAAAAAAAAUUCAGAUUUGAAAUAUUAUCUUGCUCAGAGUUAUUUAUGAUAGUGUAGCAAAAAGCAGCUAUGAGUUCCUUUUAUGCUAAGCAUAUUAGUACAGUAUGUACUACUCAUCUUGCUUGGUUUAUCAGUGCUUCCUAAGAUUUUAAUAGUUUUUUUCCCAUUGGCUGUUCAUGACUGUAGAUUUCAAAAUUCAUUCUGCUGCUUUUAUAAUUUAUCACUUUUUCAUUACUUCCUUCUAGAGGUAAAUACUUUAUCUGGUCAUGUUUUGGGUAGGGUGGCACGGUGGGUAGCACUGUAACCUCACAGCUCCAGAAAAUUACAUUUGUAUACUGCACCCAGUUGUUGUCUCUUUGUUUGUGCAGUACACCAUCCCCGUGUUUUCCUGUUUCCUUUGCUGUGUAUAUCUAUAAGAAUUUGUUCCGAUUACAGGUGGACCCGGUGAUGGACUGGUGUCCUUUUCAGGACUGUUUCCUGCCUUGCUGCCAAUAUUAUGUUCCAGUAGCCUUGAUUCAAACCCUAGUCCCAAUUAGUUUGUGAGCAGUUUGUAUGUCUUCCUGUCACAUCCCAAAAGUAUACACGUUUAUUUAAGUAGUGUCUCUGAAUGGCCCUGAAUUAGUGUGUGAGUAGGUGUGUAAGAGUGCCCUAUAAUGGACUUGCAUUCCAUUGAUUAUGUCUUCCAUACACCCAGUUCUAUGUAAAGAGCUCCAGGAUUCUGUAUCCAGAAAUACAUUAGAGUAAGGAAAUGGGUGGAUGAACAGUUUCUGUAUAACCAACACAUGGGCCAACAUCUUUCAAGUCCUAUGGUUAACCUGUGCCUUAAUUCGUAAUGAUCACUAAGCACUAUAACUCAAAUUUAGUGGGUAUGGAUUGUUAUCUUAAAUCUAGUUGAAAAGCUGUAAAACUGAAAAAAUAAACAGAAUUCUUUCUAAAAUCUUCCUGUAUACAAAAAUACUGUAAGCAGUAAGAAAGAUAAUAAAAUAGUAACUGCUUGACAGUAUUUAACACAUUUAUAAUUAUAGUGCUCUGGUCAUCACAGGGUGUGACUUCAUUCAAAAAAUCUUAUGAGAGGAAAAAGAUACAUUUAAGUUUAUACUCUUGGGUUGCUUGCCAACUGGCAAGACAGAAAAAAAUUUAAUUUCCAGCAGUGGCAUAUGGUGCCUUCACUACCCUCUGUAAAGCCUUGCAUUCAGAAUUUGAGCAAUUGGCAUACCAGGAACAUUUGGAAACCAAACUCUGUUUUAAUGUAAUGUCCAGGAUGACUAGUCAAACUUCCUAAGAAAGUAAAUGUGCUGAUCAGAUUUCUUGAUUAUCUAAUUCACGUGGCUGGGCAAAAAUCAGUUAUGGUACUCACAAUGCUACGUUUUUCACCUUAUUCCUGUAGACUGCCUAAUCACUGUUGAGGAUCCAGCAUAUGAUGCUUAUGAUAAACCAAUAAAAUGAAUUUUAAGAUGUGUUAACCAUACAUCCCUAGGUUAUUAAAUUGCUGUUUAAAUAAUAUUCUUGUGUCCACUUAGUCCAUUUUAGGUUUGCUGAGUGACAAAGCCUAUCCAAGCAGCAGUGGACACAAAUCAGAGACUAGACAUGGAUUAGUUACCAGUCUAUUGUAAACAGUGGAAAUACAUUUUAUUAGAACAAUUAAAAUUUCCAAUUAAAAUGAGUACAAAUGUAGACAGUGUAGCAGAAUUUUUUGGGUUCAAUGUGUGAACGAAGUCAGUUAAUCAAACUUUGUGUUCCCUUGUCUACAUUAUUGCCCUCCCCAUUUGAAAUUUUCUUGUGAAAUACCCCAAGAGCAACCCAGCAUGUGCACAGGUAGUGUUUAUUGACGGGCCCCUUUCCUGAAUAUAUGCAUCCUUUUUGGUGUUUUGGCAGAAAUAUACCUUAAUGGCAAUGAUUUUGAGUAAGAUAAGCUUUAAAAAGAGGUAGUAAAUUCGGCUCUAUAAAAGUCAAGUAAUUGUUUUGCAAUUGUUUACACAUCACCUUAAGCAGUGGUGAAAAUGUCCAUUCAUCCAUUUUUCUGAGCCAACAUUUUCAUUAAAGAAUUAUUUGGAGCUUAAGUCUGUUUGAGUAGAAGCCAACUCUAGAUGCAUUCACAAGUCCUUCAUAGGGUACUUACCCACUCCCACUCAGCCUGGGACAAUUUAGUCAGUAAUCCACUUCUUUGGGACUGUAGGCUAUACAAAAAACAUUGUCUGGUGGAUCACCUUGUGAUUUUUGGAUAGAAGAUAUAAACUGCACACGUAGCACCCCACCUGUUUAUUUGAACUGGGCUCUGGGAACUUUGAGGAUGAACUGCUAUCUAUUGUGCCAUUGUGCUGCACUUGGUAGAAACAAAAGAUUUAAGUGUACCAUCUUAGAGGGCAAGGAUAAUAAUUAAUUAACAUUCAGAAAAUUUAGUCAGAUGAAGGUACUUGACAUUAAACAUGCUUUUGAUCCCCCAAAUUUGUUUUUAAUACAAAAUGUGUAUUUUUUUUUCAUUUCCUUGAAUUUUUGUAUAUUGAAAUUUUAAUGUAUGUGUCUCAUUUUGUAUUUGAGGUCACAAAAAAUGAAACCAAAUAUGAAAUUUGAAAAUGCUGAAAAAUAGAUUGCCAGUAAAGAAACCUUGAAAUCCUUGCUUGUACUACACUGCUGGCCAAUACGUGGUAAUAUUGCAGAAGACCUAUAAAACAUGUUCUUCUUAAGUUUUAUUUUAAACCGAGAAUUACACUCUUCCAGUUCUGAUUUUUCUCUAUAGCUUUUUCUUUCAAUGCCUCCUUUACUACAAUGAAUGCUUUAAUUCAAUGCUGUGUAUUCAUUCUUUUUUACAUUUUUUUAAAAGUAAAGUUACAAAAAUACCACAUAUUGUACUUAAUUAAAAUAGAACAAGUCCAAGAGCAGCAGUUAUAUCUACACUGAGUACAUUGUAUUUUAGCUACUAGCUGUGAUUACAUAAAUUAAAGUUUUUAGGAAAAAAUUCAUAGCCAGUCAUGAUUUCAGAGAUUUAUAUUUAUUUCAAGCCAUUAGUGUUAAAUAAUUAACCUGUAAAUCCUAUAAAGCAUACCUCCUCUUUAUUAUCUAGUUGGUGUUCAAAUGAAAUUUGUCAGAAAGAUCCUUAUAUUUUUGUCUGGACUGUAGUGGUAUAGAAAUUGUAACAUGAAUAUUUUAAAUUUAAAGUAUUUAAAUAUAUAAUAAGUGCUAAAUUAUUAAUAUGUAUUUUCUUAAAAUUGUUUAGAAAUCACAGUUUAACCAAGUGAAUUUAUGAUUAAUUGGCUAUAAUGACAGAAAAUUUAAGUCACAAAAGUAGUACUACUUUUUAAGAUUGUGCAUUGAUGCCUGCUUACAACAGCUGAUAUUUAUGUAUUAAUACUUGCAGUAAUCCACCAUUCUGUUUGCAGUAUAUCUCUGCUACAUUUUGGCAGUUGUAGAAAAGAUCUCAGGCCUCAAUGCAACACAGUUGUUAAUUUAAACUUAGGCUGUGAAACUAAUGUAUCUCCUAUCUUAAAAGUUAACCUUGCAUAUAAUUUCAUGUCUGCUUUCCUCAGUUAUGUUCCCUUUUAAUUUUUGCUUUUGCUGUGCCUGCCAGAUGGUUCAGGAGAUAAGAUAUCACAUUUGUAGAGUUGCAAUGCCUUUCACUGAGUAUUAACAUUCUCCUUUAUUGAUGCUUUGAAGCUCUGCCACAGAAGAAAAUAGUCUGUUUGAAUUUUCUGCUCUGCUGAUGAUCACCUUUAGCAGGAAAGGUGGAAUCCACUAACAAGUGAUUAAACACAUGGCUUCCAUAUGUAAUAAAACCUUAUGUUACCAGUCAUCCAUUUUAAUCCUUCGCAUCGCAGAUUUCCUUAUUCUAACAGAAAAAAAUAUUCUUACAGCAUGGAUUUAUUUUUACUGAAACUCACAAGCCUAUAUUAAAUCCAUUAAGCCUACUGACUGGUUGUUUUGCAUUUCUAGAUUGAUAAUAUUUAUUUUUCUAAUGAGUGUGGUAAGACAGAUUUUAAAUAGUAUUGAAUCUCUUUUAUAAUAUAUUUUGCUGCUUCUUUUUGUUUUUCCAUUGAUGGCUCACUGUAUUUUAUAAAUACAAAAUGUUUUUCAUCAAAGUUGAUGGAUUUUAGUUAUGAUCAGUAAGUGGUGCCAAUAUACUGCAUAUGUGACAUGAAUCCUUAAGUUGUAAUGGCAAAUAGACCAAGAAGCAGUUAUGGUAAGCAUCUCAGAUGUUGUUUUUUUUAUGCUCAUUAGCACAGAAACUGAAUUGAUUUUAUUGUAAAAACUUCAGAUUUACCAUACAUAUAGUGCCUUUAAGAAGUGUUAGUCCCCUUGAGCAAUUGCAAAUUUUCAUUGUAUUUUUAAAAAUACUGAUUUUAAUGCACGUUUUUUCUUCAUUCACACUAAAUGAAGAAGCAUUCUGUUAAAUCAAAAUAUUUAUUAUUUAUCAAUGUAUUAAAAUGAUACAUUAAAGUGAAGUGUUCAACCUUGCAAAUUAAUUGUAGAGCCUUGAGCACAAGUUAAUAAUAUUAAUGGGGAAAUUAAAGAUGGAAGACUUUUUGAAAGAUUACAGCUUAUGAUGAAUUAGAAAACACAUUUUCACCCCCCAUCAGAGGCCAUGCUUUCAAAAUGUACUUUAGAUAACAAUCAUGAGCUUCCAUGUCAGGCUUGUGUAAUUUCACCCAUUCUUUCUUGCAGGUUUGCUUACAUUGUGUCGGGUGGAAUGCACAGUCUGAGCAAACCAGUCUUCCCGUCUUCCUUUUCAGUCAGAUUCAAGUUUGGGUCUUAAAGGACCAUUCGAGGAAAUUGUAUAGGCUACAUCUGAAACCACUGCAUCUUUACUUUUGGCUGUAGCUGAGAUAAUAGACACAUUUAUAUGGUAGUGUCUUGAACUUCCACCAAGAUUUCUACUCCAGUAUGAACAGUGAAAGAGCAACUGAAUGCAGUUCAGCUUAAUUGUAAAAAGGGUUGUUCCAUAUCAAAAUUUGAAAUUUACAUUUUUAAUUUCCAUAAUGUUACAUUGAGUUUAAUCAUAUUGGCUAAUUUGUUUAAGCAAGUAAUUGUCAAAUGAAAUCAUUUUGAAUUUAUCUUGAAAGUUUACAUAAUAUGAAAAGCAUUCCAAGAGGGAUACAUAUUUUCUAAAGGCAAUAGGUUUGGUUUUCUAUUUUUUUGUCUAGCUAGACAGACUAUAUUUUUAUGAAUCCUGAUUCUUCCUUUUAAAAUUGUGCAUGUUAAAGAUUACGCAGUAAAAUCUGCAUGUGUUGAACUACUUUAUUUUAUAAGUUUAUUCACAAUCAGAUAUUUUUUUGUAUUUGUUUACAACCAAUAUCUUAAUGUAUUGCUUAUAAUUUUACUCAGAUUUUUUUUAUCCAAAGUAAAACAAAGUGUGGAUCAUUAUUGUAAUACUGCACAUUUAACCUAAUUAUGAAUGUGUAGAUUUAUAUCAAAGAAAUAUGCAGUUUAAUAUGUACCGGCAUAGACUGUGUAAAAUGAAUUUGAGUGCUGUGGUAGUCAUGAAAGAACUAUUGAUUUUUCCUGGUAUCCAUGAAAUGCCUAAUCUUGUGUACUAAUUUAUUUUAAAUGUAAAACAAAUCUUGUAUGAAGAAAGUGUUUAUUAUAAAAUCUAUUUUUUGUUAUUGAAGAAAAGGUUUUAGUGUCUGUACGUUUUCUGCUGUAAUAAGGUACAUUAGCCAAUACUGUGCCACCCAGUUUAGGAUGAAAAUCAUAACUUUAAAGCAGCGCA